CCGAACGCUCGGCGCGACACUCCUUCCUACUCAAAUCCACAAAAUCAUUCUGGCUACACGCAAUUUAUCCAACAGGCAGUCGGUUCAGCACACCUGUGCGUCGAACAAGUAAAUUCUUCUGCACUCAAAAAGAUGGCUGUGGCAAUAAUUUUGAUACUUCUGGUGAUCAUAUUGGCGUGGCUUAACGCAACUAAAAAGCCAUCAAACUAUCCUCCUGGUCCACGCAGGUGGCCGAUCUUGGGAAACAUCUUGUCUCUGCGAGGUCGACCUUUGCACUUUAUAGCUCGAGAUCUCUCCGAAAAAUAUGGAAAUAUCAUGGGACUGUACGUGGGAUCGCACCCUUUGAUCAUCAUCUCGGGCCUCGCGGAGGUCAAAGAGGCGUCCAGUAAGGAGGAGCUAAGUGGCCGACCAGUUACCGAACUGGCUUUGGAAAUCGGAAAUGGUCUCAUCAGAGGAUUGAUUUUCUCCCAGGGCAAUUUGUGGCGCGAGCAGCGACGCUUCACUCUGCGCCACCUGCGAGACCUGGGAUUUGGCAAAAGGUCAAUGGAAGGUUUAAUUCACGAGGAGGUCAAUUCUUUGAUCGUGGAGGUGGGAAGAAUGGCUGGGACCAACUGGGAGCAAUCGGUGGAGUUGCACAACAUGCUCGGCGCUUCUGGCAUCAACGUGCUGUGGCACGUCAUGGCAGGGCGUAGAUACGCGCACGAUGACCCCAAGCUAAAGCAGCUAACCGGUCUGAUCAAAGAAUUGCUGACCAUCACCGACGCCUCGGGCGGAAUAGCAAACAAUUUUCCCUUUUUGACCCGUUACUUGCCUUUUUUGACUGAGAAAAAGAAAAUUCUGGCUGUGCGCAAAAACAUCAUUGAUUUUCUGAAGGAGGACAUCGUGAGGCACAAGGCAACGCUCGAUGCCGAUUCUCCGAGGGAUUUUAUUGACAUUUACCUCAUCGAGAUGAACGAGCACAUAAAAGAGGGCAAAGAUUCAUCGUUCACGGAACGGUGCUUGACGGAAGUGUGUCGAGAUUUGUUCAUGGCAGGCACAGACACCACGUUCAAUUCCAUCACCUUUGCCCUUGUCUACAUGGUCAGAUACCCUCACGUCCAAAGAAAAGUACAAGAGGAGUUGGACAAUGUUGUCGGCCAAGAGAGACUGCCUGGUCUUCAAGACCGGCCUAGCUUGUCGUACACCGAAGCUACAAUUAUGGAAGCGCUGAGGGUCAGUUCUGUUGUGCCAAUGGGAGUUCCGCACGCGCCCCUUAUGACUUGCAAGGCGGACGUGCCUUUCCGUGGAUAUGUCAUUCCAAAGAACGCUAGGAUUGCCAUGAAUCUGGCUCAAAUUCACAUGGACCCGAAGAUAUGGGGCGAUCCUGAGAAUUUCCGUCCGGAACGUUUUUUAAAUGAAGAAGGGAAAUUAAUUAAACAAGACGCUCUUGUGCCUUUUGGAUUGGGUAAAAGACAGUGUUUGGGGGAAGCGCUUGCCAGGAACAACUUGUUUUUGUUCUUUGCGGGGAUAUUACAGAGGUUCACACUGUCAGUUCCCAAAGGUGAAGAACCACCUUCCGUGGAACCCACUGGUGGAUUCACUCUUGCUCCGAGAAAUUCUAGAGCAAAAAUCACACCGCGAUUUUAAUUAUUUAAUUAUCAGGUGUGUGCCUUAAUUGACUGAUUUUAUAUGUAAAAAAGAUGUUUGUUUAGAACCAUCGGAAGUUUUUAUUACUUGUUCAGAAAUGACGAUGGAUACAUUACAAUAUUUUAGCACCAGCUUUUUAAUUCGGAACAAUGAAUACAUUUACAAGUAGAAUGUCGACAUAGAUUAUUUAAUCAAUGUAAUAUAAAGCUAAAAAGUUAAUCAAUAAAAUAGCUUUUGCACUGGAAGUAAUAAUUACGAAGUGUGUCAUUCAGACAUUUAAUUCAAAUUUACAGCUUGAACAUUUCUAGCAAUAAGCAAAAAUA